GGACGUGCCCGGGCGUGUAAAAGAUUAGGCAAUCAUGGGUAUUUUGUUAAUGCUUGCUUUUGUAGUACUUAUAAAUAGUGAUACGACGUUUGGGGACUAUUGCACUUUAUAUAGGACAGGAUAUGUAGUAAGAUAUACGAGUUGCGGUUUUCUAUAUCUUAGUAGGUGUACAAGGUACAGAUCGCAAAUAGAGUCUUAUCAAGAAUGUUGUUCUGGAUGGCAAGGCUCAAAUUGCUCGACUCAAAUAACGUUACCAAUUACGCCAAGUACAACUCCUGCGAUAACGACAGUGGAGUCAUUGAUGGCGACAUCAAGAUCUCCAUGGAUGAUAAGUGGUAAUGAAACUUCCGUAGAGCCGCUCUCCUCCUCUUGUGUCAACAAAGUCGACAACUGUGAUACAUUCGGCCAGGACAUGUGUUCGCGUUAUCGAUCAUGGGCAAAAGAAUACUGCAAAUUGUACUGCGGGCUAUGUAAAGAAUCACCAUGUGAAGAUAAGAUUAACAAUUGUAAAGACAUUGUGCCAGAUAUAUGCACAUCGGCAACAAAUGUGACAUCGGCGAAAGAAAAUUGUGCUAAGUUCUGCAAUCUGUGCGGAAAUUGAUGCUGACAAAGCCGAUUUUAAAAUAUUAAACAGUCAAAUAAGUGAGACAGAAACUAUUUUAAGACAAGAAAUAAUGUUAAAAAAUAAGCAUCUAGACUUUUUCCUUUAUAAUGGAAGGGACAAAUGUGACUUUAGCGAUAAAGCCCAAUUUCUUUGUGUAAAUGAUAGAUUGCUUUACUUUUAUAACUCCUUCCUAUGAUGUUUCAGAUCCUGUAACACAUUCUUUAUGGUUUUAUAUCAUAAAUAUGAUGCUCAAAUUAAGAUCUAUCAAUAUUGUAAGUUCCAACAAGCAUUAUUUAUAAAGAUAUUACCGAAUGUAACAUUUCAUGUAACUAAAGGGAAGUAAUUAGAAAUGUAAUAUCUAUUGAGUAGUCUUAGACAUUUUUUUGAAUGCAUAUAUUUAGAUGAUUACAUAUAAUGUGCUCAAAUAUUUGCAGUACAUACCGGUAUUUUAAAUUUUCUUCAAAUGAAUGUUUUUUUUAAAAUUGGUUUAUAAGCAAAAUCAUAUACAUAUUAAAUAAAAUUUCUAUUAAGUAUGGUAACAACCUCAAUUACAACAUACAGGAUCUUUAAGUUAUUCAAUUUAUGAUAGUACUAUUUUAAUUGUUUUUAUUUAUUUCUUAACCGAACUUAAUAAAACUAAACUAAAAUAUUCCCAUGCUCCAUAUAUGUAUCGAUAUUUUUCAAUUGAAACUUUGAUUGACCAGGUUUAUUUACAUAAUGUCUUGUGUGGCCUUAUCUGUUAAAUCGACCAGAGAUCCAUAACGUUGUUUUUUGUUGCUGUUGUUGUUAUUUUACAUGCACAAAUUAAUUCCAGAACAAAAAACCUAAACACGUAUUAAAUAAUAAAUUUUCUCCGUCAGUAUCCGGCAACAAAAAAUACACGUCACGUGCUGAUAACUAUAUUUAAGAGGAUAUCUGGAAAGUUUUUUGAUGAAUUAGAAAAAUUGAUAAAUAAGGUCACAAAUAUACACAAGGAAGGUAAUAGAUUUCAAACUACUUAAAGUACAUUUGCCCUCCAAUUAUGAUAGUGAACACGAAAGUAGCCUUUGUAGAAAAGUGGAAUAAGGAAGAUAACUUAUGAAAAUUAUAUUUUGUGAUUACCUGCUGUUGUGACACUGUCACGUAUGCCUCCAGAUUCAUGCUUAUUUAAUGACAAUUUUGAUUAUUUGUGUAACAGUUAAAUCGAAAUGUAUAAUUUACACGUUGCAGCAGCACUGAACAGUCCAUAUAAAUUACUAAAAGUAGGUCCAAAUAUGCCAAAAUAGCCCUUAAUGCGUAAGUCAUGUAAGUCAGGCAGAUAAUACCGAAUAUCAGUCAUUUAUCUUAAAAAAACAUGCAAUUAUUACUGACUAUUGAAUCCUUAUUACUUUCAUUUAAAUUUCAGUACGUUUUCAGAAGUAUGAUUUUCUGGAAAUUUAUCGGAAUUUCUCAAAGGAAAGUAAUCGAAAUAAAAUAAAAUAUUAUUCCACGGGGGCUUUAAUUUGUUAUAUAGUGUUUACUUUCAACCCAUAUAUCGGCAGAAAUUUUAUGACAAAAUAUGAAAGAAACAAGAUGUAUUUAUUGCAGUGAAACAGUUUAAAUCACCCAUAAUUAAUAUGUUAAGAGCUAAUAUUCUAGUUUGUUGUAGACAAUACAUCUACAUGUGUCAUCUUACAAUGUAUAUCAUUACCCUUGCGAUAUCAACUUAUAUUGUACAUUACCCUAUAUUGGGCCAUCCAAAGUACUGGUUAAAUUAAAUGCAGACUUUUAUCUCGGAACUGUAUCAUAGUAACGUUUGGUUUUAAUUAAUCAAUUUGAAAUUAAAAUGAAUGAAAGACUAUUAAUUUAAAGCGUAUUUUCCAGUAAAGCGUGUAAUAUAUGUUUCGCAGUAACGUGUAUAGUUUACAAUAUAGAAAGUAUUAGUCAGUACUUGUAAAUGAUUAUUACUUAACAGAUUGUGUAUAUCGUUUGGUUUAUUUGUAUAAAAACAUAUUUUAGCGGACGAGUUUGUAUUUUAAAUAGAAAAAUAUGUUUAUGCCAGUAGCAAUAUUUAUAUUAAGUGUAGGUACUAACUAUUCACUUAGGCUAUUACAUUACUGCUUUCACACAGGCUAUUAAAUUACUGCUUUCAUAUAGAGUAUUAAAUCACUGCUAAUAUUUUUUUUCUUUUAAAGUGACCCUUUUAGUUUUUUUAUUCCACGAAAAAUGAAUAAAAUAAAUAAAUAAAAAAAAGAAAAGCAAGAAAAAUAUCAAGAAACAUUUAAAUACCGCUUCAUCCUUCGGUUGUUCGUUAUCUGAAUCCCUUUUUAAGUUUCUCAUAGCAAUUUCGUUUACUGACCCCAUAAAUCUUCCAUAAUUAAUAGGUAGAUACUUUGGACACUCGUCUACGUUUUGGGUGGAGUUUAGGGCCACAGAGGUCAAGAUCAAGAUUCCGAUAUUUGUAAUAUAUUUUUGCGAAAUUGCCUACAGUCUUAUUGUUUUUGACGGAUGUUAUUCAUAUUUAAUGGGAAUAUACGUUGGAUGAUCUUCUAACUUUGGGCGGAGUAAUGAGUCAGUUCGGUCAAGGUCAACUUUGUUAGAAACUGAUUUUUACACUAUUGAUUAUGCAGCUGUUAUUCAUUGGCAGAUGUGUUUUAACUCGAAAGAACAUAUGUGUAUUCCAAAGGGUCUCUAUGCGCAAUCAUUUGAUAAGGGACUUACUGUUCUGACUAAAUUAAACCAUCUUUACAGGUAGCAAUAUGAUGUUCCUGAUGUGAAAUUACUAAAAAAGAUACUGAUACUUUAGCUCUCUGUUUACACACCUAGAGUCAGAAAUUUCUGUAUUUUCUUCAUAUAUAUCCAAUGUUUUGUUAAAAGACUUCUAAACAUGAAAGCUGACGCACGAAAUAAUUAAUUUAUCUGUAUACUUUAAUUCUUAUGCAAACUACAACGUGUAUACAUAACCAUUCAGAAAACAUCAAAAUGUAUACAUUUUAGAUACAAUCAUGGUGUUUUAUGAACCAUUCAGUGGAUAGUAAAUAUCAUUGAACGAAUUAUUAGCUGUGUGAAAGACAAACAAAUGUUUGCAAAAAUAAAUCGACGUUAUCAGGUAUCACGGUAUUAAGGUCAGUUGUAAAUACCCCAAGAAUUAUAGGAAAAUAAAAAUACUUCCUGCUCUGAAGAUCUAAAGUUGCGCAUUAAAAAAUGAGAUUUUGAUAUUCUCCAGCUAUUUUGCUGGCAAAAAUAUCAAAUAUAAACUGCUGUGAAAUAUUAUAUAUAUACCACAUAGGUUUCUGAAACAAAAUGAUUAACUGAGUAUAAUAAUCAUGAAAAUGGUGAUCUCUCGGAAGCACUAAUCACAACAAAAUUACAUAAACAUUGCAAACCGAUUUUGAUCGUCUGUACAUGAGGGGGACAAUGUAAAAGUGCAACAUCACUCACGCCCAAUAUCACCUACUGGACCAGUACUCAAUUUUUAACACUUUAAAUGCUUCAGUCAAUGAUCCCAAAGGAUCUUAAAAAAUAUAACAAAACAAAAGUGACGAAGUUGCUUUCAAAAUUGUCAAAUAUUUAAAUAUGAAUUGUAAAACAUAGUUUAAAAGCACUUUUCCAAAAUUUAAUAAAAGACGUUUUCGGUAGUAUUUUUUUUUUGUGCGCAUCGUUAUGCGCUUCAAAGAAAGAUACGGUCAAUAGCGAUCUUGAUAGAGGGUUAUAAAUCACAACUCUAAACAAUUAGUGUUGGUUACUUCAAAUAAACUCCUUUGUCUAUAUGUUUGAUAUGUAUCUUUCCAUGUUCAACCUUACUACAUGUUAAAUAAGAACACUUAUACCGCUUUUGUGUCUUAAAGUAUGAAAGUGAUCUAAAAUAUGUAGUUUGUAUACUUACAAUGCACUAAUCAACCAAAUGUUCCUUUUUGCCUCGCAUGUUUUUUAACAAAUAAAACCUUUAUUGUUACGUACUUGGAUAAAAUGAAGAUUUGUUCCAAUCAGUUGCUUCUCUUUAUAUGUUGUUAAGUCGAAAACAUACCCUUUCUCCAUAUUUGCCUUUUCUUUCUACAUAUAUGCCUGUAAAGUUUGUAUUCGUCAUAGAAAAGAUAAAACUCUCUCGUUGUAAAUUCAUUAUUUCUUGUAGCCUUAAUCGAUGUGGUGAAGCAAACUCAAGUAUUCAUACAAAAUGAACGGUCAUAAUAAUCAGCUCCGAGCAUUCAUCCGGAAGGAUUAAAUAACAGUCGAGAGAAAGCUGUGGCAUUUUAUUGUAUUUUUAAUUAAAGCAUUUAUAGGUC